ACUGUCACUAUUUUUUUCACUACUUCGUCCCAGCUUCAACUUUUUUAUAAUCAUAGCUUUUCUUCUUUACAAUUCAAUUUCAAUUUUAUGUAGUAAAACACCGUAGGUAUCCCGUGAAAUUAAAGAAUAGUGAAUGCUUAGUUGACCCCCACUAUAUGUUCAUGCAAAGGUUUAGGUUUAAAUAAUUAGUAGCUCUUAUUAUAAGCCACAUAAUAUAUGUUCUUUCUCUGACUUUGGAAUGGAAUGAGUAAUAGCCUUCCUUUUACUUCCAACAUUUUUGCCUACUCUCAAAAACAGGGCUGCAGAAGCAGUUGCCAGUGGAUGUGCAAUGAAAUGUUUCUGCAAAAUCAUAGAUCAUGAUUCUCAAGGAUUUGUGUUUGGUUUCUGCUGAUUAGAAGAGUUUGAAAUGGUUACUCUGCGUGGCUAUAUCCAAUGAAUCUCUGCCUUUUUCUAUAAACAACAAUGUGCAUUGAAUCACAACCAUUUAUAGUCUCUUUUCCAUUUUCCAAGUAGUUUACAUGGUACCCUAUUGCUCAUUGUUUAUUAUUUUACUCGAUGAUGCUUGUACAUGGUAUCUUAUUAUCCCUUAGCUCAAAAUCAUUUGAGUGUCUAAGAAAUGCGUGAGUCAAUUCAAACCCAAUACUCCUUUCUAUAUGAGGCGCCACCAGCUACCAGCUAACUUGUCAAAACUUGUCGCCAAAACUCUUGAUCACGGACUGUAUGAAAUUUUGUCUGGAAAAGAUGCCGCAGGUUGUCAUUCAGGGGCUGGAUGUUCUGUAUGGCAAGUCCUUUGCCAGUGUCAGAUUAGACAUACAAAAACCAGUUGAAUCUAGGAUUUCCCAUAUAGUUUUUAGCUUGGUUCCUGGGCACAGUCAUGGAAAAAUAUGUCUUGGUGGAACAAAAAUGGAACCUAUAGCGAAAAUAAGGCACACAUUCUGCCCUAGUAGGAUAAGAGUUGCAGAUGAAGAUCAAGAAGCUUUGUCUGAUGAAGAUGACGAUCUCUGCCCCGUUGAAUGUGUGAGAGAAUUCACAACUGAUGAAGAGUUCAGCAGAAUUCUGGAUAAGGCUAAAGGAUCUUUGGUCGUUGUUGACUUCUUCCGCACCUCUUGUGGAAGCUGCAAGUAUAUAGAGCAGGGUUUUGCAAAAUUGUGCAAGAAAUCUGGUGACCAUGAAGCUCCAGUAAUCUUUCUAAAGCAUAAUGUAAUGAACGAGUACGACGAGCAAUCAGAGGUUGCUGACCGACUUAGAAUCAGGGCCGUGCCUCUUUUCCACUUCUACAAAGAUGGGGUCCUGUUGGAAGCAUUCCCAACCAGAGACAAAGAUAGGAUUGUUGCCGCCAUCCUCAAGUACUCAUCUCUUGAAGCCGAAGAUAUUUUGGGUUAACUAUAAAGGAUUAGGUCUAGCCACCCCAAGGGACGGUGGUGCUGGUAAAUUAGUCUUUGUUUGUACGUGACAAAAUUCAUGAAACAACAUUUUGUUUUCUCAAAAUAAUAUACUUUAGUGCUGGUCGCCUAUUUCAUUUUGUUAGGA